AAAUGAGUAUUUAUACAUCACUGUCAGCUCUUGCUGAGAGCGUUAGGAAUUACUUCUCACAAUAACAAACUCCACUGUUAUUCUACACAUCCAGUUAGAAUGGAUAUAUUCACUGGACAUAUCCUGGUUAACAAGGAAGGAGAGAAGGUGGACUCCGAGGAGGCUUUGCAAAAUAAAAUAGUUGGAUUAUAUUUCUCAGCUGGUUGGUGUUCGCCCUGCAGGGACUUUACCCCUGUAUUGUGUGACUUUUACACUGAGCUGGUGGAAGAAGCAGACCAGCCUGCACAGUUUGAAAUUGUAUUUAUCUCUUCGGAUAAAAGUGCAGAAGAAAUGGUGGAUUACAUGCAUGAAAUGCAUGGGGACUGGUUAGCUUUACCAUGGCACGAUCCAUACAAACAUGAGCUAAAAAACAAGUACAAGAUUACCGCUAUACCAAAACUUGUCAUUGUCAAGCAAAAUGGAGAGGUAAUAACAGACAAAGGAAGAAAACAGAUUAGAGACAGAGGACUUGCCUGCAUCCGGACAUGGCUUGAAGUAGGAGAUAUCUUCCAGAACUUUACAGGGAAAUAAUUUGCUAUUCAGCUCUUUUUUUUUUACACAAAGCAAUACAUUGUGAAUUACCGUAUUUGAUGAAUGUUUCAUAGGCCUUAUAUUUUAUUUAAAGAAUAAUUUAAUAAUCAAUUAAUAAAGUUUUCUAUGCAACAGAUAGCAAUAGAUCUGUCCCAGUAAUUUAUAGGAAAUGUUUAUGCCUCUCAAAAUGCACUUGGUUAUGUCUCAGGGCACUUAGU